UUAUCUUGAAAGAAGUGAACUAAGUGAUGAGGAGGAAGAUGGUAAUGAAGAAGAAGCCAACAAUAUUGAGAAAAUUUUUCCUGAUUUAGAACAACAAAUAAUAGGAAUAAUAAUAGAAGAAUUUGGCAGUGCAAUUUUUCCAAAACUAAAUUGGACAUCAGAUAUCUUUCUCUUACUUAAUUCAUCUGAUUUUAUUGCAUAUGAUCUUGAUCAUGCAUUGGAUGGUUGUAAUCAUGAUAAUAAUGAAGAAGGUGAAGAAGGUGAAGAUAGUGACAGUGAUGAAAUCUUAAGAAGACAAAGGCCAAAUGAAUUCGAAAUUGAAUUGGUG